AUGAUUAUCGAAGUUCUCUUAAAGUUUUCUGUAAUAACUGGACAAACCGUAGAGAAAUUAUGUAAAGUUUGCUAUGGAGAAGAGGAUCACGAUGGCUGGUUAUGUCCCUGCAGAUGUAGUGGAACGUUGAAGUGGGUUCACAAGGAUUGUUUCGAUAUGUGGAUGAAGCAAGCUCCCGUGUUACAGAAAGCUCAAUGUCAAACUUGUCGUCAUAUGUACGAAAAGUUAUGGACUUUGAAACCUAUUAAGAGCUGGAGCAAGCCAGACGUAAACGUAACUUGGUGGGAUUGUUUAGAAAUUUUCUUGGACUCAUACGCCACCUUCAAGUUCUUCCGAGGGAUUUGGUGGACUAUUGAAGGACGAAGAGCUGUAUGGGUGCAAAUAGCUCAUUUUCUUUUUUGGAGAACAUUCAUAGCUAGUAAUCAGAGGCUGACCACCUACAAAACAUUAGCCAUCACGUUGAUGUCAGCAAUUUUCGAAAUGAGGGUAAAAGACUAUGAAACUGCUCCAAAGACUGAUAGCUCACUGAUUAUUUUGGAUAAGCAAGUGAUAGACGGGGAUAGAAAUUGA